AUGGCUUCCAAGAUCUCCCUCAAGCUGCUGGUCGACACCAAGACGAAGACCGUGCUGUUCGCGGAGGCCGGGAAGGAGUUCGUCGACUUCGUGUUCAGCCUGCUGACGCUGCCGAUCGGGGCCGUGGCGAAGCUCGUCUCCGCCGGCACCAUGCAUGGCAGCGUGGGCCGCCUGUACCAGAGCGUCGAGCGCAUCGGCGCGAUCUACCUGCAGCCCGGCACCGACAAGUCGGACCUCCUCCAGCCCAAGAUGCUGAACCCGGACGCCCGCGAGCUCCUGCUGCUCCAGGCCGGCGGCGACGGCGAGCCGGCGCUGGCGAGGUUCAGGCUGUACACGUGCGCCGGGUACUGCGCCACGGCGACCAUGGAGGCGAAGGCCACCUGCCUGCAGUGCAAGCAGGCCAUGUCCACGGAGGUGGCCUUCGUGCUGCCGUCCGCGGCGGCGCCGGCGCCGGCGGGGUCGUCGUCGUCGUCCUCGGACGAGAGCGGCGGGUACGUCAAGGGGGUGGUCACCUACAUGGUGACUGACGGGCUGGAGGUGACGCCCAUGUCCGCCAUCUCCAGCAUAACGAUGAUAAACAAGUUCGCCGGCAAGGACGUCGAGCUCGCCGAGAAGUUCGUCGCCGUCGGCACGGGCGAGGGUCUGGCUCUGCUCAAGGCGGCGCUGCGGUCGGACACCGUCCUCAGGAAAAAGUGUCAACUGGACGAUGGAAAAAGUCGAAGCCUGGACGAUAUUCUGCUGCUUCAGUUUUGUUGA